ACGGCGUUUCUAUCGGAACGAUGAGCAGAAGCUGCCGCACACGCCGAAUGAUGUUCUCCUGACGCGGCGCGACCCUUCACCAUCGCCUGGGGUUACAUUACGCGCUUCUCUCUUGUCGCAACAAUCCGUGUAACGUUGCUCCGUCCGGUAUCGGGAUGCGCGAGUGAAACUGAUUCGUUCCUUGGCGAGAGAGUUGCGGCGUUUUGUUUCGCUGCGCGCGGGAACUUCUCGAGCGAAGUCGAACUUCGGCGAGGGUGAUCGUCUUCGCGCAUCUUGGCAUUGAGUUCAUUGACAUUGUGUGACUCCGAUGUCUGCGAAGACCUGUUCGCACGCGCAGAUCUCCUCCGCAUUGCCCAUUUAGGUGACUACUUUCGUUUCGGCGCCCGUGCCGCUAGAAAUAUACAGAUCGAACAUGGAUGACGUGCCUAGGUUUACGGUAGCGGACUACAGCGUGAUGUGCCUGAUGCUGUGUGUGUCUUCAGGCAUCGGUAUCUACUUCGCCUGGCACGACCGGCACGAUGUGUCGAACAAAUCGUUUCUCAUGGGCAACCGGAAGCUGGGUGUGUUCCCUGUGUCAAUGUCCUUGAUUGCGAGCUUCCAGUCGGCGACUACGGUGCUUGGCUAUCCCGCCGAAAUGUACUACAAGGGGACCCAGUUUUGGGUGGCCAUCUUCGGGCUGGCCAUCUCCAACGUGAUCGCCGCCGAACUUUUUUUGCCCGUGCUGUAUAAUCUCAACAUGACCAGCGUCAACACGUACCUGGAGAGGCGCUUCUCGGGAUCUGUCAGGACGUUAGGCUCACUAUCCUUCAUAACAAAUACGUUAUUAUACAUGGGAGUCGUCCUAUACGGGCCCUCAGUCGCAUUAGAAUCAGUGACGGGGCUUCCUGUCUGGGCAUCUAUUCUCUUCCUGGGAUUGAUUUGCACGUUUUAUACUGUGCUGGGCGGCAUGAAGGCGGUCGUGUGGACGGACACCUUUCAGAUGACCGUCAUGAUACUUGGACUGACCACUGUCGUUGUUCUGGGCGUUAUCAAGGUCGGAAGCAUAGAGAAGGUGUGGACGACGGCGGAGGAGGGCGGCCGCAUACAGUUUUUCAAUACGCAGGUGGACACACAGUCGUCGGUUACCUUGUGGAACGUGCUGCUGGGGACUACGUUCAUCUGGCUCGCCUCGUACGGCACCAGCCAGACGCAGGUGCAGCGCUUCUGCAGCGUCCCCAGUCUCAGGCAAGCCAAGAUAGCGCUGUACGUGAAUAUUCCUGGAGUGAUGAUCAACAUCAGCCUGGGCUGCGUAGCCGGACUCGUGAUCUAUGCAAAUUAUCCCAACUGUGAUCCCCUCAAGUCUGGCAAGAUCUCCAAGUCGGACCAGCUCAUCCCGUUCUUUGUGAUGAAGACGCUGAGUGUAGUGCCUGGCCUCCCUGGCCUCUUCGUAGCUUGCGUAUUCAGCGGAGCUCUCAGUACGUUGUCGUCGGGCUUCAACUCGCUUGCAGCAGUCACGUGGGAAGACUUCAUAAGAAAGUGGUCGCACGUCAGCGAGAAGAAGGCAGCCCUUAUCACCAGGGGCGUCGCUUCUGCUUACGGAAUUCUCACAAUCGGGCUGGCCUUCCUGGCUGGAAGCAUUGGCUCUAUACUCAAGGCGGCCUUCGCCAUGUCUGGAGCCCUGUCGGGACCGCUUCUGGGAGUCUUCAUGCUGGGUAUGCUGCUGCCUUCCUGCAAUGGGAAAGGCGCCCUGUGUGGCCUGCUGCUCGGCCAGGUGAUCUGCUUGUGGGUGGUCGUGGGUUCGCUGUCCAGCGUGCCCUUGAACGAGGACUUGCCCACGUCGACCUCCGGCUGCGUGCGACACGACAACACCACGGUGUACGACUUGUUUGGCUUAGAAGAUGCCGUGGACGAGAUUCCCGCGGAUCGCCCAAAGGGUAUCGAGCUGCUGUACCGGCUGUCGCAUCUGUUGGUGCCCCUGCUGGGAUUCGUCGUGACCGUGUUCACGAGUACCAUCGUCAGCCUCUUUACAGGAAUGAACGAGGGAAAACUCCACGACCCGGAGCUUUUCACCCGAUGCGUGGCCAGACGCUUUACCGCGCCCGAUGACAAAGAGGCCGGGAAGUCCAUGGUCACCGUCGACGGCUGCAACGAUCCCAGCAUCCGGGACCAACCAGAAGUCAGCAUAUCAAAUGUGUCCAAAGACCGCGCAAGCACGAACUUGUAACCACUGCCUUCCGCGUAGCUGUAGUAGUGCCAACACCUUUCAUUCCUUUAUAUAUAUACGCGGCAUUUUCGUCGGAGGACCGCACGAGCUUUGUAAAGCGAUGAGUGGCUGUCUUGGGUGCGAUUCCUCUGGACCAAGCUGUGAUCUUCAUAGCAAGACUUCUUUUUUUUUUUUUUUUUCACUGCUUGCUGCGACACUUCGCGUAUUACGGACCAUAUUUUCUCUGUUGAACAUGUUGUCUUAUUUGUGCUGUUGUGCAAUGCCGAUGAGUUGCUAGGAAUUAGAAUGCGCUGGUUUUCUAUAAGAUGUUUGUCGUAAUAACGUUCGAGAAGUUGCAGUCCGCAGUAGAACUGCGAGUUGGGUUGAUCUCUCCUUGACCUCUCUGUGUCCUCUUUUCUUUCUUAUUUUUCAUUAUUGCAAGGCAGUUUCCCAUCUUGUAAUUUAUGCAGCGCUCCCGAAUAAAACGGGAACAACAGAAAAGGAAGUGCGCAGGACAAGCGCUCACACUCGUUCAUUUAAUAAACGUAGUCGCUAGUGUCAGCGCUAUAACCUUGUGAACUUCAUAUAUGCUGCUGUCCCCGUUUUUUUUUUUUUUUUUUCGUCUUCUUUUUCUGAGUUCUGCGCAAAUCACAAAAUGAGUGCGGGCCAAUUUGCUCCGUUUUCGAUCUGUGCCUGUGCCUAACAUUCAUCGCAUUUCACAGUUAUUUUUUGUCUGUUGUGAUACUUACUACAUUCUUCCAUCGUACGUAAACGCGAUUAUAGCACAUGCAAAUUCCCUUACGUGUGCAGUCGUUUUAUUGUGGAACGCGAUUUAAAAAAUAUAUAUAUGAAAGCUCGAAGCGGAAUGACAGUCAUUGAGCAUCAAGUGCACGACUUUGCUUCUCAGAAGGCGAUAGUAUUCAGGCAAUUUUAGGCAAAAACGUGCUUGCUUUUGUUGCCCGAAGGCCUCUGGUGUUCGUUGAAUCUGUAACCCUCAAGUCCAGUGGUGAUCGAGCUAUAGAUAGCCUAUACGACUGAUACAAUGGGAAGGACUGGACAUAGACUACACGCUGCUUAGCCAUUUAUUGUCACAAUGGAUUUGUGUGAAAAAAAAAAAACAGCAUUAUGCGGCCGUGAUAGCUUCACGGCUCUACCUUACACCGUCAACAUUUCAGAGCAGCUUCUCAGUACCGUGCGCUAGCACAGAAUAGAUUUGCUAGCGUAGCCUUCAACUAAAUGAAAGCAUAGACGAUUGCACCAGCGCUGAUCGCGAGAUUUUGUGACGCUGUGUUCAGCCAGAAAGCGCGGAAUUCUUGUUGCAAUGACCGACCGUGCUCCGUUCAUUUGCCGGCGUAAAUAUAUCGGUACCGAAUAAUUAUCACGAUGGUAUAUUUCCAUACAUCUCGAAGGUAAGGUUCAUGGAACAAGCUAAUUUUGGGGGGACAUUAGAGUUUAUUUUAGUUCAAUUUUGUGGUUUUGCGUGCUUAAACCACGAACCACCAACUCCGGAUUAGUUUAACCACAUCGGUUGCUUUAACGAGCACUCAAUGCACGGUAAACAAGCGUUUUUGUAUUUUUUCUUCGCGAAGCAUAAUCGGUCGCUCAGCGUAGAGAGGUCAAGCGACGACAAACCACAGCACAGCUUGUGACUAAAGGUGGACAAACUUGUGCCGGGAUUUAGAAGGACGUUCAUAUAGGUUGGAAUAGGUAGGCUUAGUUUGAAAUAGGCGAGGUUAGGAUACGGUGAGGUUAGGUUGGUGUACGUUUGGUUAAGUAGGUCAGGCUGGCGUAAAAUUGGUUAAGUUAGGUUAACUUAGCAGAGGCGUACUAGCGUGAAUGUGUAUCGGAAGGCGUAGAGCACGAGCAGCAGCUAGCAGCGAUAUUUUUUGAGGCUGAUUUCAACCGAGUUCGCAUAGCCGUAAGCUGCGAUAUUAGAUGGCGCAUUUACUGCAAUAGCCGACUGUGUUAUGCCUUCGUCUACCUAAACAUGUCGAAAGCGAGUAAUUGCCAAGAUGUUUUCGCACCUUUUCUCUUUCAAGGUUAAGGGUCAUUCAAUACAAGAACGUUGCUGGUGUUAUGGUAGACCCAGUCGUAAUAGGGGGUUUUAGUAUAGCGGAAAACGCUUACGUUAGCGUGCGACGCAACGCUAACGGGAUGAAAGGCUGCACUGCACGGUACAAGGUAGUGUUUUAGAAUAGCGGAACGGAGCAGAACGCUAACGCCAACGCAAAUACACUUGGGCGCCAUCUCGAGGCGGAUACAGCAAACAUGAGCAAACCCUCUCGUUAAGCCUACUCCGCCGCUAAUCGAGAACGUAUAUCGAAAACAACGCCCAUUUGUCACCUGUACGCCGCUGUCGAAGCAUCAUCACACAAAUCAAACACGAACAUUAGUGGGGAACGAAUGAGCCGAACAGCGCAGGCCGACAACUCGAUAGAUCCGAAGUGGACGGACGGCUCUCGCUUCAACAGGCGCCGCCAUCUUGCCCUACGUACGGAAUCCCUUGCGUGCGUUAGCGUUGAACGCUAUAUUCCGGAAAUUGCGUACGUACGUAAGAGUUCUGGCUACGUUUAAGUUCUGCGCAUGCCCAAUUUGCAGCACGCAACGCUAACGCUAAUUCCUUGAGUUUGCUGUUUUCCGCUAUACUAAAGCUUCCUAAUAUAUCGGUACCAGCACUACUGUUUCGGAAUACCUGUUCUAGUACUGGUACACUAGUGCGUGCACUAACGUCUCUGCUAUGCUAAUCUUUCAAAUGUGCUGCCUCUCGUGAGGUUGCGGUUUGUAACUGGCAUGUACUGCGCCUAUAUUAGUGCCUGCUAAGAAUGUCUGUGGAGUGCAUUAGAAAUGGUAUGUUCUUAUACUAUUUCUUUUCGCUCGUGGUAAAGAAAAGUGCAGCUACAUCUUUCACAUAUUAUAUCGGUACUGCGAGCAGUGCGCGAACACGGUCUGUAGCGUUCUUAGAGCUUCGGUGAAACCAUCCUGUGUUCGAACUUUUCGCGCGUCAUUGUAUUGCAGUUGUGUUGUACAUACUAUUUUUCUACGGCGAGCGACCACAUACUUAAAAACAAGCAUUCGUUUCGUCUACAUUAUUUACAUUGCUUUCUACGCAACAGCUUUACCACACUUUUACGCUGCUCAUCGCGUGUUUAGUCACGUCGGAAAGGUGCACCGUUUUUUUUUUUUUUAUGACUGUGACAUUUCUUGGAGUGACAAGUGAAAAGUGAUUUGCAUACCGAGCUUGUGUGUUCAGUUACUUGAACCGUGCAGUAGUGAAUGAGAAAACCCCAUGUGCUCACAAAUCACUCAUGAAAUGUUUGCCCAUGUUUGCCAGCGCCCUGCCCUAUAAGAAAUUAAACUCUCACUCCUUCGUCGCGAA